CCGCGUGAGGAUAACGUGAGGAAACGCAUUUCUCUUUAUAAGUUAAAAAGCCGCCGUUGUCAGAACUUCUGGUGAUGCGAAAAGAAAUUAUUCCUUAUUACAAUACAAACGCAGCCGUGAAAAAUUUUAAAUGUCGCAGAAGUUAGGUUGCCUGUGCUCUGGCUGAACACAGCGGUAAAAGGCGCGGCCGUGCUGCCUGUGCCUCUACCUGUGCCCCCUGUAUUCCAGCAUUACAAGAAAAAUGGUUGGCACCGACGACGUGUUCAAGAAAUUCGGCCCAUGGCACUACUCCGUGAUGGCUUUUUGCUUCUUGCGAGGUUUCCCCGCAGCCUACCAUGCCAUGGCGCCAACCUUCACCGCGCCACACCUGAAGCACUGGUGUGCAAGACCUUCGCAGCUAGCAAACUGGUCGACCCAACGGUGGCUGGAAGAAGGAGUGCCCUGGGAGGAGCGAAAAGAUUCACUGCAACCAAGCCAGUGCGAGAUGUACGCGUAUGAAGAAGCUCCAGACGGUUCACUAAAGAUCUUCAACGAUAGUCGAGUGAAGUGCUCGACCUGGGAGUACGACCUCGGUGACCAAACAUACACUCUUACGAACACGUUUGAUCUGGUGUGUGACCGCGUCUGGCUGCGGGCAGCCUCUCAAAGCAUUUACAUGGCGGGAAUCAUGAUUGGAAAUACUGUCUUCUCCCAUCUAUCUGACUGGUACGGCCGCAGGCAAUCGCUGGUCUUCAUGAUGCCCCUGCCCAUUGUUGCCGGUCUGCUGACAACAUUUGCUCCAUCGUUCUGGCUGUACAACAUUGGCCGUCUCAUUUCGUCCAUUGGCAUUGGCGGCAUCCAAAAUACCACAUUUACCAUAGCUAUGGAGGUGCUGUCAACACGCCACCGAGCUUUAGGAAUGCUGGUCGCGGGCGGUGGAUGGACUACCGGCCUUGUCACCCUGACUGGCAUAGCCUGGCUCAUAAGGGACUGGCAGCACCUGCAGAUCGUCAUAUCACUCGUCUAUUUUGGCAACUUCUUCAUCUGGCUAUUCAUGCCGGAGUCUCCGCUGUGGCUGCUAGCCACGAAGCACUAUAAAAAAGCUGAGAUAAUUCUCAAACGGGCAAUCACUAGGAACAAAGUGACCGACGUUGAUGUCAACGAAAUUAUUAAAUCUUACGAGGAGAAGAUGGAGCGGGAGCGGUCAUUGAAGAAGCCAACUUUUGCAGCUCUGUUUCGAUACCGAUGCAUACGAAGGACGUCGAUUAUCCUGUCUUUCAAAUCAAUUUUUUCGACGCUGCUUUAUUACAACCUGACGUAUACCAGCAUCCUGUUGGGCACCAAUCCGUACCUGAGCUUCUUCGUGAUGGCUUGCAUGGAGUAUCCCCAAAAGUUCAUAGCCAUAGUAUUCAUCAACUGCAUGAAGCGGCGAACUGCCUACGUCUUCCUCUACGUCUCCGCCGCCUUGUGCUCGCUCGUCGUCAUCUUUGUGCCAUCAGACAUCUGGUGGCUGCAGCUCUUGUUUAUGCUCAUGACGAAGCUCUUCAACUCCUGUGCCGGUUCCGUGAACUUCGUUCAGAUAUCAGAACUGUACCCAACCCAGGUUAGGACGCUGGCCACGGGUUGGACAGUGACCACCAGCCGAGUGGGCGCCAUUGUGGCACCAUUUACGAAAGAGUUGGCUGUUAUAAUAGGGCCUUGGGCUCCCAAAGCAGUGGACUGCGUCGUCUGUGUGCUGUCUGUUCUGCUGGCCCUUAUGCUACCAGAAACUUUCAAGAUGACGCUUCCCGACACUGUGGAUGAUGUCAAGAGAAGAAGCAUAAAGAAUGACACAGAAAUGAAGGCGAUUGACUUGGACAAGCUGAACGAAGAAUUCCUUUGCAUGAAAACUACUGAAGAGGAGGAAUCCGUUGAAAGAGUGUCAGCGGACGGAGAACGAAGGCCGUGAUUUUAUUAAGCAACACCUGUGGACUGUUUCAUGAUUUGUUACGGGUACAUCUUACGAAUGAUGCAAGAAGCUGAGCCAGAAACAGAUAAAGCAAACUUCUCCGCACGUAUCAUUUGGAGAAAUUAUGAUUGCGAAAAAAAGGGAGUUGCAAGUACUUGCGGUUGAAGACGUGUCCAAAGCAUCCCACAGCUGUCAAUUAAACGUCACGUUUACUGAUUUAA